AUGAUGUCUCCUGCAUUAGCUCCAGCUAUUCCUGGCCAGUUCUCCCGAUGGGCGGCCGUGCAUUGGAGCGCUGGCAUCCUUCUAGUAAGCUCCAGAUGGCGAAGGUCGCUUGCACCAAUCCAUCUUUCGAGGUCCAGGACCGGGUUGGUUGCAAGUCGAGCGCACUCUUCAAAGCCAGUUGGGCUUCACUUUUUCUCGGAUAGCAACUUCAAACCUUUGCGAGACCAGUUCGUGAAUUCUGUGGUGGACAAGGACAUCAAGCUGAACGAGACCAUAGUUGAGGACCUCAACGUAAUCAAACAGCGCACUGCCGGUGGAGUCCCCGUCUACCAAUUCAAAACGAAAUUGCUUAUGGAUGCGUUGGAAGAUGCAGAAUCUGAGGAAGUAAUGCUGAUCUCAGAUGUGGACAUCCAGUUCCUUGGAGAGGUGAUGCCAUUUGUCCAACAGGGUAUUGCUGGAAGAGACAUGUGCUUCCAGAGAGAGUUCACCAAACUUGGUGUGAACAUCGGGUUUGUGGCCAUACGCCGAACUCCUGCUGCCAUUGAUUUCUGGCACCAUGUUUGGAAGGAACUUCCAAGUGGACGCCAUGACCAGCGCAUUGUGAACAACCUGCUGUACACCAACAAGGUUCCCAAUUUGCGGUGGGGGUGCUUCCCACCAGAAAUUUGGGCUUCCUCUCAGGCCUUUGACGGGCUCACCAUCCCCAAGGAGAUCGCUCUACACCAUGCCAACUGGAUAAUCCGAGACUACAGCGGUGAUGGAGGGGCUGAUGCUUCAAACCCAACAGCCAAGCUGCAGCAGCUCAGCGAACUUCGCAGAGCAGUGCAGGAAGAGUCAGACAUCAAGCAGGAAGAAAUAGCACAGCGGAUUCGGGAAGAUCCUGAUCUGGCCAUCUACCACCAGAGGACCUUUGGAAGGGAAAGAUAUGGGCCGGAAUGGAUUGCACUUCAUCCUGAACAUCCUGCCCGACCUGGGGGAAACAGGAAGAAAAGGAAUUGA